CCAAUGGCCCAUGGUUUUGCUCUUUCAUCUCUCUCUUUCCUAAUAUAUCAACACCUUCCGCCCAUCUCCUCAUACUUGGAUCUCUACCUCUUUCCCAGCACUGUUCUAUACGUGUGGACUAGAGCCUCUUCUUUUUCCCUCAAAACAUUUCCAUAUCCAUUCUUCAUCUUAUUCGUUUCAUCGGGCCGAGAAAGAUCGCGGUAAAUUUGUGUGUUAUGGAUUAGGGUCUGGAUUUAUAACUUUCAGUUUAUGUUGGAUUUCAAGAAAUAGAAUACUGUUUUCGGAUAUCGACCUUGUCUCUUUUGCGAUCAAUUUUUGUUAGAGGAGGAGAAAUUGUAUAGAGGACAGAGGUCAGAGGAAAUUGUCCGGAACUUAAGGAAUUUGUGUUGCAUUUGGAGGAAUAUUUGGUGCUUAAUUACCCUUGUUGAUAAGAAUGGAGGCAGGGUUGGUGGAGCACGGGAGAGACAUGGUUGGGCAUGUUACCAGAGUUGGAUAUGUGAAGAAGAUUAUAACGAAGAGGAGAAGACGCACACGGAGGAUUGUGCGGUCUCCGCAGGCGGCAGUCCCUAUGGCUUUGCAGGAGCUGUUCGUGUCGUGUCUAGACGUGUUCAAAGGCCCUGGCACCGUUCCUGCCCCUCAGGAUGUACAGAAACUAUGCCACAUUCUUGACAAUAUGAAGCCAGAAGACGUGGGGCUAAGUGGAGAACUACAGUUUUUCCAGCCUUCAAAUGAGGUCAAAAGUGAUCCAAGGGUCACAUACACAACCAUAUACCAGUGCGAUAACUUUUCGUUGUGCAUAUUCUUUCUCCCUGCAACUGGGGUGAUCCCCCUUCACAACCAUCCAGGAAUGACUGUUUUUAGCAAGCUUUUAUUAGGAGCAAUGCAUAUCAAGUCCUAUGACUGGGUUGAUCCCGUCGAUUCGGAUAGCUCUGUGCAAUCCUCCCCAUUGAGAUUGGCAAAGUUGAAAGCUGACAGAGUCUUCACGGCCCCAUGCGACACUUCAGUAUUAUAUCCAACAACUGGGGGGAACAUCCACGCCUUCACUGCCAUAACCCCAUGUGCAGUGCUUGAUGUGCUAGGACCUCCCUAUUCUAAUGAUGAUGGUCGAGAUUGUUCCUACUAUAAAGAUCAUCCCUACGCUGCCUCAACAGAAGUAGAGACAACAGUGAACAUGGAGGAGGCGGACCGUUAUGGAUGGUUAGAAGAGAUUGAAUUGCCAGAGAACUCAAAAAUGGACGGAAUUGAGUACUUGGGUCCUCAGAUUAUUGAGCCUAGUUAAUCGUAAGCCGUUGAUUGUGCAAGGAAAAAGGCAAACUCAGUCUUGUUUGCCGUGCAAUAUCUACAUUUGUACUUCUUUCCGUUCUCUCGUUUGUGGUUGGAUUUGGCUAUGUUAAUUGUAGAUAUUUAUUCCCUUUUUUUCUUCAAAGCGAUAUAUAUAACACGAUUUUUUAGAUUUUUGAGGAGCUAA